UCCAGUAAACUGUGACUAAAGUGAUUAACUCGAACAUUUCAAGUGAACUUUGUUAUGUAAAUUAAUUUAAUAUGUACGAUGUUCUACAAAAGGCUGCACUUUCUGUAAAAGAAAUUUGUAACCCAAGGAAUACAAAGUUUCGGUCUGCGUAAACGUCACAUGGACGUCCGUAGGUGAGGGCGCAAGGCGGGCGUUGCGCCCAGCCUGCGCCCGCCCAUGGCAUCGACAUUUUCCGUCAGAUUUGUGGUGCGCUGGGCGGUUAUGUUCCUGGGGUGGGCCGUCAUCUGCGAAGCACGCGUCCAGGCUCUGAGUACAACGCUAGUGCCCUCGUGUCCCACGCAGUGUAUCUGUCUCUCACAAUCACAGGUUGUGUGUAACAGCGCAACGUUGCGGGGAGUGCCGUCGGCGCUGAGCUCAAGCGUAAUGCAGUUGUCACUAUCGCGCGCCGAUUUGCGAGUGCUACGAUCGGAUGCUUUUGCUCAUUUGCGGCAACUACGUCGCCUCUCCCUCGACGCCUGUAACCUCACCCGUAUUAGGCCCUUCGCCUUCCGAGGACUCCCUCGUCUCAAUGAGCUUUAUAUACAACAUACACCUUUAACAACCGUCGAUGCAUUUGCGUUCGCCGCUCUCCAAAAUAUAUCUUCGAUUGUUUUAACUCAUAACAGGAUAGCCCAGAUAGAAGGUUACGCAUUCGCGGGAACUAAUUUUAUAAAACUUAUUUCGUUGAGAAAUAAUCCUAUUAAACGUAUUUUAGCACAUGCAUUCUCUGGCCUCAACGAUGUCUCGCAGAUAGAAUUUCCGUCCGGUAUUAGAUCCAUCGAAGCGCAAGCGUUCGCCGGAUUAGAAGGAGUCGGAAUAUUAGAGCUCGCUUAUAUGGACCUACCGGCACUUUUGCCAGAUACUUUCUACGGACUGACUCGCGUCGGUCGCUUAGCGCUUAGAGAAUCUGAUCUGGGAAUCAUCAAAUUGGGCGCGUUUGAAGGAUUGCGACACGUCGAUACACUGGAGAUGUGUAAUAAUAAAAUUGACGGAAUCGAGGAACUUUCACUGAUACAGAAUAAUAGCGUCCAUACUUUUAAAUUAACCGGUAAUCACAUGCUAGAGACUCCCGAGUUAAUAGUCCUCGAAGUAGAAAACAUAGUAAUUCGUGGCAAUCACCUGCCAUGUGAGUGUGGGCGCGAUCCUCUUGCGAAUCCAUUAGCGUUAACACCGGAUUUUGCAAAUGAAAAUUUGUGUAUAUCCCCGCUUAAAGUUCGUGGGCGAAGCUUAGCGAGUGCGGCGGGUGCGGCAUGCCGCGGCGAGGGCGGCGGGAGCGCACGUGCUCGGGCUGCGGCCGGAGCCAGUCCCGCUGGACAUGCGCUCGCUCCUCGCCUCGCCUUUACGUUAGCAUCAUUCACUUUUCUAGCCAACAGCUAACCGCCCUCAGUGUUCAAUUAUCUAUAUUGUGUAUUGUAUGUGUCUGUAAAUAUUGUAACAUAAGUGAGUAUAAAUGCGAGAUUUUACAUUGAAUGGGUCCGUUCAUUCAGUAUACGUUGGACCAUGAUUAAAAUUUG